CGCCCAGAGCCCCGCCCCCGGCUCCACGUUCUGCGAGCGGCUUCCGCCGGGCUGCUCCGCGGGCGCCUCGGCCAUGAGCGAGUUGCCGGCCGACGUGCGGGUCUUUCUACGGGAGCACCCGAGCCUGCGGCUCCAGACGGACGCCCGCAAGGUGAGGUGCAUCCUGACGGGUCACGAGCUGCCCUGCCGCCUGCCGGAGCUCCAGGUCUACACCCGCGGCAAAAAGUACCAGCGGCUGGUCCGCGCCUCCCCGGCCUUCGACUAUGCAGAGUUCGAGCCGCACAUCGUGCCCAGCACCAAGAACCCGCACCAGUUGUUCUGCAAACUCACCCUGCGGCACAUCAACAAGUGCCCAGAACACGUGCUGAGGCACACCCAGGGCCGGCGGUACCAGCGAGCUCUGUGUAAAUAUGAAGAAUGUCAGAAGCAAGGGGUGGAGUACGUGCCUGCCUGCCUGGUGCACCGGAGGAGGAGGAGGAGGGAGGACCAGAUGGACGGUGAUGGGCCUCGCCCGCGGGAAGCCUUCUGGGAGCCCACAUCCAGUGAUGAGGGGGGAGCUGCAAGUGAUGACAGCAUGACAGACCUGUACCCACCUGAGCUAUUCACCAGAAAGGACCUUGGAAGCACGGAGGAUGGGGAUGGCACCGAUGACUUUUUGACAGACGAAGAGGAUGAGAAGGCAAAGCCCCGAAGAGAGAAGGCCACUGAUGAGGGCAGGAGAGAGACGACCGUGUACCGAGGGCUGGUCCAGAAGCACGGGAAGAAGCAGUUGGGCUCGUUGAAAAAGAAGUUCAAGAGUCAUCACCGCAAACCCAAGAGCUUCAGCUCCUGUAAACAGCCAGGUUAAUAAAAGCACAUGCCGUGAAGUUUCGAGAAAGCCUUCAGAUAUUUCCCCCGCUCCUGAUCAAGCCGUGUGUCCUCUGAAUGAUCGGCUGUCCCCAGUGUCUUCUCUACCCACUUAUCCUUGUCUCAUGACAUCUGCUGCCCUCUAAGGCAGGGCUGAGGGAGUCUGUCCCCCACACCCAGGAAGCAGCAGGGACUCUGAGGGACUAAUUCUCUCUGGACAUGGCUUCUGAGUGGUCUUCAGAGAAGCCUAGAGAAGUAACCUCGCUUACUGGCAUCCUGAGGGGAGCCCCAUUCAGGCUGGGCAACGCUAUAGGAUCACACUGCAUACAACAAAUGCCAUUAUUUAUUUUGAUGUGUUUCCAAAAAUCAAAACGUUUUCAAACACAACUAAGAUAUAAAAUACAGCAUAAAAUGAGAUUUAGAUCUGUUUCCCACAUAAAGCAAAAAAAUCUUAGAAAUUGUUUUGCCAAAGUCAAUUGGUAGAUCCCACUUAUCCUCUCCUCCCUGCAAAGGCAUCUUCCCGAAUCAGGCCCUAGCCCACCCAGGGCCAGGAGAAACAGAAACACCCACUAGGAUAGAGGCGCUGCUGGUGCAGAACUGGUGCUGACUGCUCACAUGGCCUCCUUUGGUCCACCCUACUUUCCACCCAUCAGCCAACCAACCUUGACCACAGAAAAACCGUGACUUGGCCAAGGUCAUUUGAUGGGGGCUGUCAUACGGCACUAACGGAGCGAGGUGUGGACCAAGAGACAGCCCUGGUGAGGUUGAAACACUGAGACAAGCCAGUCUUCAUGCAGUGAGCACUUGAAUGAUCACAGGAGAAGAGAACCCAUGUCCUGAAGCCAUUGCUCGAUCUUACCAAUAUUCGGGGGUAAGGAAGUAGGCUACCAGGGGAAGAUUUGCAAACGCAUUGGGACUAGCUCGGCUGUGUUAAAAAGGUGCCCCCUCCUCAGGGUAGGUGACUUCCAAAAGCACUUAUGAGCAGAAACCUGCCUCACCCCUGCCCUGCAGAGCCAACAGACAAGAGGCCAAGAGGGAGGCAGGCUCGGGGCUGGGCCACAGCAGCCCUGGAGACAGGCUGAGCCAGCCUGUCCCCAGAUAGGUCUAGGGGCCAGAGGUGUUCAACCACCCUUGUGGCAUUUACUAUGGUGCAGACGACAGGGAGCAACAAGCAGUUAAGCUCCCCCCAAAAAGAGAAACACAGUAUAAGGCAGUGUUAGAAAACUUUAAAUACAGGAUUAAGAUCAAAUCGGUAAGGCAUCACAAAUUGUAAAAAGGAAUUUUGGCUGCAUUCGGCAUAGCAAACGGACAAUCUGAGCGACAGCCUCAGGAAAGUGGUGUGUCGGGGCUGUCCACAGGGCGAGUGCAGCUGGGAAAGGGCGGUGCUGCUCAGCCAGGUGGCCUGCGCUUUCGAGACCUUGCUCAGAAAAGGCCCCAUGUGAGGUAACUGGGUUGAGUCCGUGGGUCUCCAGUGCUGGGAGCUCCUGCCACACCCCCUGCCCACAGCGGCUGCGGCUCCGCAAGCUGGUCCAAGGAGCAGCUGGCCAGGCUGGCUUGCAGGGUGCUGCUGCUGGGGCUACCCCUGUGCGGUCUCACUAGCCCUCCCCACUGCCAGCUUGGAGGCCAGCAGCACCCAGACCAGCAGCUUCCCCAAGGACUUCUUGCCCCUCCGCCUUGCCUCAAGCUACUAAAACUCCCAGGGUGUUACCCAAUAAAACACUUGGCACCAAUCCAAGCUGAUUUUCUGACCGAUGACUUUUAUCAUAAACAGCAGCUUCCACCACCCCUUUAAUACUGCAUCAUUCUUUGGGUGUCCCUAAAUGUUUUCACUAUUCCUAUAAAAUACAAUGCGGGGCAGAAACAACAUCAAAGCCACUGGUGUGAUUUUAAACCAGGGAGAUUAACUGUUUUGAGGUUUGGCUGAACCACCCAAAAUAAUUUAGUAGUUUCCGCUAAAAAUGUAAACUUAAAAAUAAGAGGGAGACUACUUUGAAUGAUAAUACCAAUGCGUCUGCUCACAGUACAGCCUGAAGGCCCCCUCCUGUACCCCCACAAAAAAACUCAAAAAUAGGACUGAGAUGCCACAGCCAAGCGGGCUGUUCACUCCAAAGCCUCGGCGUGGGGGAGGCUUCCAGCUGCCAGGCUGGCCUGCACUGAAGGGUCAGACGCCAGACUGUGGCUCCAGAGCAGACUGAGCCAUCGAUUCUCAGGUGUGUCUGCAAAUAAAGUUCUCAAAACAUCUGUGCCUUUACCAAGGGAGGGGAAGGGAAGAGGAUACAUAAAAGCUGGCAGUUUUGUUGAAUCCACCCCGAACCAGUCCUUGACGGCCACGGGUCUUAGCCAGGCAGGUAGGGAUCUGUGACUGUUACCACUCCUUCUUCUUCUCAUCCAUGGAGACACCCCCAGGGCCCAGCGCCACCACCAGGAGCAAGCCCCCGAUCACCGACAUGGUCUGGAAGAAGUCGUAUUUCAGGAAGUCAUGCAUGGGCUUGUAGACUGGAAUGGUCCAGAAGGCGUUGAAAUAUACGUUGAUGGCAAAGAGCCACACAACAAGAGUCAAAGCAGCCAGCUUGGUUUUAAAACCAAUGGCCACUAAAAUCAUCAGAGCUGUGCCCACGAUGUUCUGGACAAU